AUCCGACAUCUCGCAAACAUCCCGCAGGCUGCUGCGCGUCCGACGAUGACCGACCGCGGCGUCGACCUGGCCGCUCUGCCUAAAGAGGUCCGGGACCAGCUGGCGGAGCUGGACCUGGAGCUGUCCGAAGGUGACAUUACACAGAAGGGCUAUGAGAAGAAAAGGACCAAACUCCUGGCUCCCUACAUCAUCCACACUCCAGCAGUGGAGCCGCCCCCUAAGAAUGACGUGCUGCCGCCCCCUACCAGCUCCUCCUCCAGCCACGGCCCUCCCCCCAGCUCAUCACGCUACCGAGAACGUCGAUCCCGCAGAACACAUCGCGGUGGAGGAACCAGGGAUGACCGUUACAGAUCAGAUAUCCAUACUGAGGCAGUACAAGCUGCCCUGGCUAAACACAAGGAGGAGAAGAUGGCACUGCCCAUGCCCACCAAGCGUCGCUCCACUUAUGUCCAGUCUCCUAUUAAUACCCGUACACCUCCAGACUCUUCGUCAGGCUCUGAAGAUGAGACAUCUGUGCGCCGGCAGUCAUCAGUGGUCGCCCCCACACACUUGGUCAGUCCCAACCUGCAGAGCCCAGAAUCUUGGAUCAACCGCACCGUCCAGGGCUCCUCCACCUCCUCCUCAGCCUCCUCCACCCUGUCCCACGGAGAGGCCAAACCGCAGCCUCAGAGCCAAGCUCAGCCUCAGCCCCAGUACAAACCGCAGUACCAACCUCUGUAUCAGCCUCACUACCAACACCAACCUCAGCCUCAGCACCCGCCUCAGCACCCGCCCCAGCACCCGCCCCAGCACCCGCCUCAGCACCCGCCUCAGCACCCGCCUCAGCACCCGCCUCAGCACCCGCCCCACACCGCAGCUGUGACAAACAUGUUGGCUCAGAGUCGCAUUGCCCCGUCAGAGAACAGCCACCCCCCUCCAGAUGUUACAGCUGUGGCUCCUCCAGCCGGAGGCCCACGUGUGGACCUGACCUCGAACGCAGUGGUCCGGGGUAUGAGCCGUGGGCAGAGCCGAUCGAGCAUGAUGGAGACUGCUGAUGUAGGAAGAGGUAAUAUCCAGAGGGUUCCUGUGAACAGCCGAGUGUCCACGAAGAUCCAGCAGCUUCUCAACACCCUGAAGAGGCCUAAGAGGCCCCCGCUCAGUGAGUUCUUCACUGACGACUCAGAGGAGAUAGUAGAAGUGCCCCAGCCAGACCCAAACACACCGAAGCCGGAGGGCCGUCAGAUCAUGCCAGUGAAAGGAGAGCCUUUGGGAGUGGUCAGUAACUGGCCCCCAGCGCUGCAGGCAGCAUUGGCCCGGUGGGGGUCAACUCAGGGGAAGAGCCCCGCCCUCACUGCUCUUGACAUCACAGGCAGACCACUCUAUACACUGACUUAUGGGAAGCUGUGGAGCCGCAGUGUGAAGCUGGCGUACACCCUCCUCAACAGGCUUGGCACCAAGAAUGAGCAAAUCCUCAAACCAGGAGACAGAGUGGCGUUGGUCUUCCCUAACAGUGACCCUGGGAUGUUCUGGGUGGCCUUCUACGGCUGCCUCCUGGCUGAACUCAUUCCUGUACCUAUCGAGGUGCCACUUUCUCGCAAGGAUGCAGGUAUCAGCCAGGUGGGGUUUCUGCUGGGGAGCUGUGGUGUCGGUCUGGCCCUGACCAGUGAGAUCUGUUUGAAGGGUCUGCCCAAGACACCCACAGGGGAAAUCAUGCAAUAUAAAGGCUGGCCUCGACUAAAGUGGGUAGUUACAGACUCAAAAUACCUGACCAAACCCUCCAAAGACUGGCAGCCUCACAUCCCCACCGCCAACACUGACCCUGCAUAUAUAGAGUACAAGGCGAAUAAAGAAGGCACAGUGGUGGGUGUGGCCGUGUCUAAAGUAGCCAUGUUGACCCACUGCCAAGCACUGACCCAGGCCUGUAACUACUGUGAGGGGGAAACUUUGGUUAAUGUCCUGGACUUUAAAAAGGACAUGGGCCUGUGGCACGGUGUUCUCACGGGUGUGAUGAACAGGAUCCACACUAUUAGUGUCCCCUAUGCAGUAAUGAAGGCUUGUCCUCUCUCCUGGGUACAGAGGGUCCACAUCCACAAAGCUCGUAUAGCUUUGGUGAAGUGCCGUGAUCUACACUGGGCCAUGAUGGCCCAUCGGGACCAGAGAGAAACAAGCCUUGCCUCGUUACGUAUGCUCAUUGUUGCUGAUGGUGCUAACCCCUGGUCAGUGUCUUCCUGUGAUGCCUUCCUGAAUGUGUUUCAAUCCCACGGGCUGAAGCCUGAGGUCAUCUGUCCCUGUGCCACCUCCCCUGAGGCCAUGACAGUGGCUCUACGCAGACCAGGAGUACCGGGAACACCCCUCCCCGCCCGUGCCAUUCUUUCCAUGGGCGGCCUGAGCCACGGUGUCAUCAGGGUCAACACAGAGGACAAGAACUCCGCCCUGACUGUGCAAGAUGUGGGGCAUGUCAUGCCUGGAGCUCUGAUGUGCAUUGUGAAGCCUGACGGGCCUCCUCAGCUGUGUAAGACAGAUGAGAUAGGAGAGAUAAUAAUCAACUCUCGUGCUGGAGGUACCAUGUACUACGGCCUGCCUGGACUCACAAAAAACACCUUUGAGGUGAUACCGGUGAACAGUAACGGAGUUCCCAUUGGAGAGAUUCCAUUUGUGCGGUCAGGACUCCUGGGCUUCGUUGGCCCAGGCAGUCUCAUCUUUGUGGUGGGGAAAAUCGAGGGUCUGCUGAUGGUUUGCGGACGGAGACACAAUGCUGACGACUUGGUGGCCACCGCUCUCGCCGUGGAGCCAGUCAAGACUGUGUACCGUGGGAGGAUCGCUGUGUUUUCAGUCACAGUGUUCUAUGAUGAGAGGGUAGUGAUUGUGGCAGAGCAGAGGCCCGAUGCCAGCGAGGAGGACAGCUUCCAGUGGAUGAGUCGAGUGCUUCAGGCCAUCGACAGCAUCCACCAAGUGGGCCUCUACUGUCUGGCUUUGGUACCGGCCAACACUUUACCUAAAACCCCCCUGGGUGGCAUCCACAUCUCUGACACCAAGCAGUUCUUCUUAGACGGCAACCUGCACCCCUGCAACAUCCUCAUGUGUCCCCAUACAUGUGUCACCAACCUCCCCAAGCCCCGCCAGAAGCAGCCAGUUGGUGUAGGUCCUGCAUCCGUCAUGGUGGGCAACCUGGUGGCGGGGAAAAGGAUUGCCCAGGCUGCAGGCAGGGACCUCGGCAUGAUCGAUGACCAGGAUCUUGUCCGUAAGCUCUGUAUGUGGCCCACGGUGAUGCAUCAGUAUUUGACAGAGGCUCUACAGUGGCGGGCACAGACAGACCCAGACCAUGUCCUCUAUGUUCUGCUCAAUGCUAAGGGUGUAACAGUGGGCACAGCGUCCUGUGUCCAGCUUCAUAAGCGAGCUGAGAAGAUAGCCGCAGCGCUCACAGAGAAAGGCAGCAUCAACACCGGGGAGAACGUGGUGCUGCUCUAUCCUCCUGGCAUUGAUUUGAUAGCUGCCUUCUACGGCUGUCUCUACGCCGGGUGUGUUCCCGUAAACGUCAGACCUCCACACCCACAGAACCUUGCAGCCACGCUGCCUACUGUUCGCAUGAUUAUUGAUGUGAGUAAAGCUGCAUGUAUCCUCACCACUCAAAACCUCAUGAGGAUUCUUCGCUCCAAGGAUGCUGCUGCUUCUGUAAACAUUAAAACGUGGCCAAUAAUCAUCGACACAGAUGACCUUCCUCGCCGUCGGCCCCCACAGAUCUACAAGCCGCCCACAGCAGAGAUGAUAGCGUAUCUGGACUUCAGUGUGUCCACUACAGGCAUGCUCACUGGAGUCAAGAUCUCUCAUGCGGCAGUCAGUGCACUUUGUCGCUCUGUAAAGCUGCAGUGUGAACUGUACUCCUCUCGCCAAAUAGCCAUCUGCCUGGACCCUUACUGUGGUCUGGGUUUUGUCUUGUGGUGCCUUGCAAGUGUUUACUCAGGUCACCAGUCCAUCCUGAUUCCUCCCUUUGAGUUGGAGGGCUGCUUGUCACUGUGGCUGAGCACGCUGAGUCAGUACCGCAUCAGAGACACCUUCUGCUCCUACUCGGUCAUGGAGCUCUGCACUAAAGGCCUGGGCACUCAGACUGAGUUACUCAAGGCUCGUGGUGUGAACCUGUCAUGCGUGCGGAGCUGUGUGGUGAUAGCAGAGGAACGCCCUCGCCUCGCCCUCACACACUCCUUCUCCAAGCUGUUUAAGGACGUGGGGCUGUCGUCCAGAGCUGUCAGCACUGCUUUCGGCUCCAGGGUGAAUCUGGCCAUCUGCCUGCAGGGCACGACUGGUCCUGAUCCCUGUACCGUGUAUGUGGACAUGAAGUCCCUCCGCCAUGACAGGGUAAGGCUGGUGGAGAGAGGAGCACCUCAAAGUCUUCCGCUAAUGGAGUCUGGCAAGAUACUGCCGGGUGUGCGGGUGAUAAUCGUAAAUCCAGAAACCAGAGGCCCACUUGGUGAUUCUCAUCUAGGAGAGAUCUGGGUGAACAGCCCUCACACUGCCAGUGGCUACUACACCAUCUACGGAGAGGAGAGUCUUCAGGCCGACCACUUCAACACUAAACUCAGCUUUGGAGAUCCUCAGACCUUGUGGGCCAGAACUGGAUACUUGGGUUUUGUGAAGAGGACUGAGCUGUUGGAUGCCAGUGGAGAUCGGCACGAUGCUCUAUUUGUGGUGGGGUCACUGGAUGAGACCUUGGAGCUCCGAGGGCUGCGUUACCACCCCAUUGACAUUGAAACCUCAGUGUCUCGGGCUCACCGCAGUAUUGCUGAGAGUGCUGUGUUUACAUGGACCAACCUGCUGGUGGUGGUGUCGGAGCUGUGUGGUUCAGAGCAGGAUGCACUGGACCUGGUGCCUCUGAUAACCAAUGUGGUGCUUGAGGAGCACCACCUCAUCGUGGGCGUAGUGGUGAUUGUUGAUCCCGGGGUUAUACCAAUCAACUCCAGGGGAGAGAAGCAGCGCAUGCACCUGCGUGACUCUUUCCUCGCUGACCAACUGGAUCCCAUCUACGUCGCUUACAACAUGUGAUGGGCUUGUUUAGCCAUCAUCCACAGUCUGGAUGCUUCCUCAUCCAAACGUUUGACUCCUGGCUUGGCAGAUGAUGAGAAGCAAAAGCAUGAAUCACACAUUCUGCCACCCAGCCCUUUGUGACACCAGCAUACUGUAUCUUGGCCACUGCAUGUGUGUGAUUGGAUCGGCCAUGUUUGCAGUUGUUCACUGUGUUUUAUAGAUAGAUUUUUGCAAAUGGGAUGAAGCAACAUUCAUUGCAUAUGUCAAAGCGAAGUCCCUGUUGCACUUUUUGGGGGGGAUAAGGGGCAAAACACUUACAGGACCACUUUUAAUAUAGAUACUAUAUUAAUGUCUUUGUGAAAAUCCAUCUUCUUAUUCUGUACUCACCAGAAACUAAGUAAAACACUUUCCCCUUUGUGUCUAUACAGAUUCCAAGAGCUACUAAACUUAAAUAAUAUUUAAAAUAUUUUUACAUGCAGCUUUCAAAAUAACACACACAAUGCAUUGUCAUUUACACUAACAGAUGAAUAAAAGAGGGCACAGGAAAGCAAACUUUGAAACAAGUAGCUGGUCUCGGUGUGUGUACAUAAUUUAGAACAGUUAUUUUGUCCCAUGAUAAUGAAGCCAAAUAGAUUUUCUUCAUAUAUUUCCUGCCUUAUAUAACUUCAGUCAUACAUUCCUAUAGCUGUUUAUUCUCCUUUGGUUGUGACUAGUAAUGGAAAUCCUGACAGACAUCCAAAGGGAUCAAGUAAAAAGAGGAAAGAGGCCAUAUUCUGUACUGUAUCUAAAGGCCUCGUUGUAUUUUAGAUACUGUAUGUUACUGUAUAGAUAUUUUUAAUUGUAUAAAUGUAUAAAUAGUUGAUUCGUCUAAUUUUAGUUGAUGGUUUCUGGACAGGGCGAUAAUAAUAGUAGCAGAGAGCAGAUUGUAAAUAAGAUUUGACUGUACUUUUGAAGUGGAAUAUUAGUUGUAUAAUUGAGAUCAAUAACUUUAAAGAAUUGUUAGUCAAGUUAGAUAAAACAUUGCACUUUGUCAAAAAAAAGUGUCUAUUUUACUAUAACAAUGAGGCAUUAUAACUAAUGGUUCAGGAGCAUAUAUUCUUCAGAUGUAUCUUGCUUAGGGGGGAUCGAGGGAGAGUUUAUCAGGAGGGUGAACUAAUGCCAGGCACUUUUUCUGUCGGCCACCAAAAAAAAUGGUGUGAGGAGAAAGGUAAAACUGAUUUCAUGACUGUUUUUUAGGCUACGAGGUUUUUUUGUAAAACAUAAAAAAACAGUCCCACAACUGUUCAUCUUAUAUCCAUUGCCAAUGUACGUUGUAUUGCUUAAGAUUCACACUCCUCUGAGUUUUGUACUGUACAAUAGAGCAAAUGCUUGAGAGUUUGGCCCUUUCCUUUUCCUCUCUGCACUCAAAGUUCAUUUGAACUGUGUUUUGUGUUUGUGCAACUUUGUAAAAUAUAUUGCUUUGAAUUCCAAGAGGAUUUGUUGUUUGUACUGUGAGUCCGUAGUCAGUAGAGGACGCGAUCAUGUAUCUGAAUUAUUCAUUCACUGGAUUUUAAAGCACUUGUAAAUGCAGUUGCAAAGCUGAGCCACCUCUGAAACAUCUGCAAUUGGCAAGUAAAGUAAUUAUAUGAAAAAUAUAUGGGUAAAUAAUGUUUGGAUCAAUAUGUAUUUGGUGUCCUGCAAUCUUUUGCUUUCCUUGUACUCCUUGCCAUAAUUUAUAGGUUCCUUGUUCAGUGAUGAACCCUUAAUGUCAACAUGUAAAUAGUGUUUGUUAUUUUCAGACUUUUGUAGAUGUCCCAUUACAACAUUACAUCACGCCAAACACAACAUUAGAAAGAUAUUUAAUUAUUUCAAGGUAAACAGGAAUAUGAAACAUUGAAUUACAGCACUUUGCACUGGUGGUACAGACAGUAGGUUUCUACUGUUUGGACUUGAGAUUUGAGUGAUUGAUUUUACCCCAUUUCACGUUUUGAAAUUUUAUUACUUUUUGAAAUAUUAUGUUUUAAAUUUGAUUUUGCCCAGUAAGUCAACCUUGAAAAAAAGACUAACAGCACUUCACCUUAGCUUUAACAUUGCAUUCUACGUUUGCAGCAGAAUGUUUGCAUGACUCAGCCAAGCACAGGAAGAAAUCAGCUUGAGACACAUCUCCUCCCAGGGCACAAGUGGGGGAGAUAUAUGCAUUCAUGUGUAUUCAGGGAAUAAAACUUGUGACACAGGGAUGGACCAGGUGGUCCCUUGGUGCAAUCUGUGAAUACUACCCAUAAAAUGUAGAUUUUUGUCCCCAAAAAAUCCUUUUAAUCCUUGCAAAUUAUUUCAAACCUAAUGAACAAAGGAAGGGGUUAGUGAAAACCAGUGUCGCUCUACCAUCUACCUGCUUCGCUGGGAAGUCUACUGGGGCUUCCUUUACCACUCUUGAACUCUGUCAGAGUUCUUACACACUAUGCAAUCCCAAAGACAGUGCAAUUUCAGUUCAAAGCUUGCACAUUCUGGUGAAAUAUACAUAGUUAUACAUUUUGUAAUAACAAAGAACAGAGGACUGAUGGAGGUUACUUAAGACUGUGUUCAUCUCUCUUCAAUUCUAUCAAUAUUUUAUGUCUGCACUCUUGUUAUGUUGUAUAUUGAUGAUUUGUUCAAUUCUAAACUGCUCCAUUUGGGUGUUAUCCAAUGGUGAAUUGUUCAUGCUAGGAAGGUGUUUUAACUCUUAAAGUUAACACAGAUGGUACACCCCUUCCCAUUUGUCUCACUUAUUUUCUAUUUUGGAUUGUUGUACUUUGUUUUAUACUUUAUGUAAAAGUAAUAAUGAAUAAAGAAAAACAUGUAAUCA